AUGGAGGAGAGCAGCCCGAGUCUGGCUGGCCACGUACUCUUCAUCCACACUGUCCGGCAGGCAAAUGCUCUGGAAGUACGCCUGGGAAGCGAAGUCCGUGGGAUCAGAGAGAUCCAAGCGGAGAGGAGGCCCUCCUGCUGUCCGAGAAUGGAGGCGAAGGGCAUUGGCGAACUCCCAGUAGCUGAGGGAGUGCUACACCCCGCCGAGUGUGAACUGGACUGCAUCAGAAUGGUCGGAGUUCCCCCUCGAGUUGUGGUUGAAGGUGGCGUAGAACUCCAAGACUAUCUCCUUGUAGGUCGGCUCGGCAAGGGUGAGAAGACGCCGCCAAGCAGGGGAGCGGACCGCCGCCUCCAUCUGUGGCCAGGCAUGAAGCUCUUCGAACACCUCCCAAUCGAGGUGAUGGUGCUCGGCGAUGCUGCAGGUACGGAGGUUCCGCAGCUUAUGGCGCUGGACGAUGUUCAGCUGGUCGAGGUAAAUCUCCAUGAUCCUGCAAAAUACAAUGAAGGACAAAGUGUGCACAAGCAAACGGGGUCAAUGUUAGGCCAAAUCCACACCGGGAGCCCUCAUAUCGAAAGAUAUGGACAGUGGACUAGGCUCUCGGCGACACAAACAUACCCAUCAUACGAGAAAUACCAGCAAAAUACACCGGGGACCCUCAAAUCGAGCGAUUUGGACAGUGGACUAGGCCCCCGGUGA